UUUUUCUGUCUGAGUAUGUACACCAGAUAGAAGGCACGUAAUGCGAGGUGAGGCAAGGCGAUCGGCAGCAUCAACCAGAACCGUUCGAUCAUCAGCUGUCUUCAGCUUCAGAGUCCACCAUGGCUCCUGAUGAGUUUCCUGGCGGGACAGUGGUGGCCUGUGUGAUCCUGGGCCUGUCAUUCCUGGUGGGGGUCCCGGGGAACCUUCUGGUGAUCUGGACCAUCCUGAGGCACGUCCAGCAGCGCUCCCACACCGUGGUGCUCAUCCUCCACCUGGCUGCUGCAGACCUGCUGGUGCUCAUCACCCUGCCCCUGUGGAUCUACUCCCUGGCCCGCUCCUGGGUGUUCGGGGAGGUAUCCUGUAAGGCCAUGGUGUACAUCAUCAACACCUGCAUGUACAGCAGCGUCUUCCUCAUCACCCUCAUGAGUGUCGAGCGCUUUGUAGCUGUGCGACACCCCUUUGCCUCAGCCGGCUGGAGGAGGAAGAAGGCCUUGAAGAAAGUUCUUCUUGUUCUGUGGGCUGCUGCGUUCCUAUUCAGCACCCCGGUCUUUCCCACCCAGGUGGUGGAGGGGGACCUUGGGGAGGAGCAUUGCCUGUACAGGGACUACACCUCAGACGGCCAGGAGGCAGUGUGUGUUCUACUGGAGACGCUGGUGGGCUUUGCUGUCCCCUUUUGCAUUCUUGUGGUCUGCUACAGCUGUCUCUACAGCCGCAUCGCACAGAUUACCUUUAAGUCCAAGCGUAAGUCCAUGGGGUUGAUUGCAAGCAUGGUAGUGGUGUUCGCAUUAUGCUGGACCCCUCACCACGUCGGCAACGUGCUCUCCCUCGUCAUCCUCACCAUCAAGGGUUCCCACCGAGAGGCCGCAGCGCGUAUAGAGAGUGUCAGAACCACCAUGACUUUCAUUGCUGGAGCGCUCGUGUUCAUCAGUAGCUCGGUCAACCCUUUGCUCUAUGUGUUUGUGGCUCGUAAGUUCCGGAGUUCUCUGAGGGAGACAGGCAUUCAGAAAUUGUUCCGGCAUAUCUCAAGCACAGCUCCCGGAGAGGGGACUAAAGAACUGUCCUUUGUGACCAAGAGACCAAGCAUCUCUCAGACACAGAGCCACAGCUCCCAGUGUGUUACAGAGCCUAAGGAACAAAUGGAUGUACUUAUAAAUGUAUGUGAAAACGUUUCUUCCUGAGAUUGAAAAUGAUGUUUAUCAUAUGGUUUUGAUAAAGAUUUUUGUGUGUAAAUUACAAAGUUUGAUUUGUCACAUUGUUUCUAUAUGUUAACUAACUUAAAAUGUAGAAGAGCAAUUGUUAGUAAUGUUUACGUCAAACAUAAUGCACAUAAAAACAUUAAAAUAGGUUCUGUAUAUAAUUUUACCUGUGGUGAAUUUGAAUUAACUUUUGAAAUACUUUUUAACAUAUUCACAUUUUUCUAUGUAGGCCCCACUGUGUUAGACACAUUUUUCUAUGUAGGUCCCACUGUGUUAGACACAUUUUUCUAUGUAGGUCCCACUGUGUUAGACACAUUUUUCUAUGUAGGUCCCACUGUGUUAGACACAUUUUUCUAUGUAGGUCCCACUAUGUUAGACACAUUUUUCUAUGUAGGCCCCACUGUGUUAGACACAUUUUUCUAUGUAGGCCCCACUGUGUUAGACACAUUUUUCUAUGUAGGCCCACUGUGUUAGACACAUUUUUCUAUGUAGGUCCCACUGUGUUAGACACAUUUUUCUAUGUAGGCCCACUGUGUUAGACACAUUUUUCAGUUGUGGUAUAAUGCUCAUUUCAUGCUCAAAUGUUUUUAUAUUCCAUGUGCCACAGAAGAAAGAGCUUCAUAGAAAAAAAGAACAUAGUGUCACUGUAUACGUUUGUCUGAAGCUAUAUGAUAUGAGUAUAAUGACUGAGUGUACUGUAUGUAUUCAGCUGCUUAUCUUGAGGCCUUGCCUCAAUACAUUUAUUUUAGACCCUCCUGAUCUGGAUAGAAUAUAUUUCACCCACAGCUUUAGCCUUCAUGAUAACGGCAACCACAGAUAUCAGCCUCUUCCUGUCAUACUGAGCUUUCCAACUGUCUUCAUACUGAUCAUUUCAUUGUUAUAGUUGAAGUCAAUGAACAUGUGUAUGUACCCCA